AUGUCUGGUCCACCAAGUCUCGGCCCCACGCGUAUCAUUCUCGACGUCACAGGUGAUGUUCCGGAUUGGAAAGAGGAGUACAAGAAGUUCCUGCUGUCGGUGAAGGAUUCCGAUGGCUACUUCCGCUACCGCUGGGGACCCUGGAAGGAAGAUCCAAGCAAGCUGGAGAUUCUUGCAACCUGGGCUCCUCUCGAGAACCGCGCCGCUUUCGGCAAGUCUGAACACCACCAGAAGGCCAUCGAGGCGCUGAAGCCCGUCAUCGCCGGGCCCAUGCCCACGAAGUGUCCUCGCUUCGACCUGGACGUACGCACAUUCGUGCCCCCGCCCCCGCAGCUGAUCAACAGUCCCAUCUGCGAGGUCAUCACCAUCCGCAACUGCACCGGCAACCGUGAGGCGAUGGCGGAGACGCUCAAGAAGGCGGAGACACUGCCUGGGUGCCAUGCUGCUCACUCGGGUAUUGGUGCGACAGACACUCCCGAUCACGGAACCGUGUGGAUUGGAUUCGUUGGUUGGAGAGACUAUGAGUCGAGCAAGGAGGCGGAUAAGUCCAUCUACACUCCUGAUGGCGUUGGAAAUAUCGAGAGGCACCACAUCAACUUCAACUUCCCCAUCAAGGGAUUUUCUGUUACGAACCCCGGUAGAUAA